UUUUGUUAGGCAUGGUGGUCAUGCUUUCGUAAAACCGGUGCCCUUGAGCUCGAAGGGCCAGUGUGUUGACAAGAUGAGUGGAUGCAAGGAGAGAAGCGGAGCUUCUUUGAUGUCUUAACUCCAAGGCCGUUAUUCCAAGCAUGAACAAGUUAGGACAUGGCAUUCUUCAGCUGGCAUGGAAACCGGUGUUAAAAUCCGUUCGCAUUGGAGGCAAGAAACUAUUUUCAAAGAAAUACCUCCUGUACACCAACACCGCUCUGACGGUAGGACUCUCCCUCACUGGGGAUGUCGUCCAGCAGAACUUCCAGAUCUGCAAACACAAGAACAGAACAUGGGACAAGACUCGAACAUUUCAUGUGUCAUGCACGGGGUUCCUUGUAGGUCCGCUCUGCCACUUCUGGUACAUGUUCCUUGACCGAUGGCUGCCAGGGAGGACACUUCGGAUUGUGUUUAAGAAAAUUCUAGUGGAUCAGUUGGUUUGUUCACCUCUAUUUAUAGGAAUGUUUCUCAUGAGUUUAAAUUAUAUGGAAAAUGACUCCUGGGACAAGGUCAAGCAGGACUUGGUUGAAAAAGGCAAAACAUUAUAUCUAGCUGAUUGGAUUGUAUGGCCCCCAGCCCAGUUGAUCAACUUUCUAUUUCUACCUACAAGAUACCGUGUUUUGUAUGACAAUACUAUUGCAUUCGGAUUUGACUGUUACUUUUCAUAUGUGCGUUAUGAUAAAGUCUAUCCACAAGAUGACCACACACAAGAAGCAGAGAGUGAAGACACUCAUGUGAUGACCACAGUGGACAAGGAGGAUUCAGACUCUUGGCAGUUGCAUGUGAAUAGUGAACCGCAAUUAAUAACCUGUGAUAAAAGCAAGUCUGUUUCUGGAGAUUUAUGUGAACAACACAUAUUUUCAUAAGCGUAGUGCUGGUGUUAUUUCGUGUUCAGGGGGUGUAUUUUUGUACCAAUUUAGCAUUGAACUGGUGUUACACAUAGUAUGGCGAGGAAUUUUUUUUUCUUGAAAUACUUACUGAUGUCAAAUAAUUACUGUUCACUCGACACAGCCUGUUAGAUUGUUCGUCUUACUCAACUAACAGCCUCGUUGUACUUAUGUCAGCAACAUUGUGACUAUUACCAUCAUCAUCUUAUACAACAUGUAUAUAGCGAUGUUAUAUUAAAGACUUUCGGGAAAGUUAAUGAUAAAAAAUAUUCACAAUAUUUGAUGGUACUAAAACUCUGCUCUGACAGGUUUUAGAUAUUAAACGUAAAUGGUUUUGUCCCUGAUUUGGUAAACAUGGUAAAGUUACAAGUCUGAUGGAAUAAUAUUUUGGUGAUAUUAGUGGUUGUAGUGAUGUUAGUGUUGUUUUGACUUAUCAGAGAACAAUGUUAUUAGUACUCGUGUUGUGUUUUUGAUACAAAUUAGUCUUUUUUAUCACAGUUAUGAGAACUACACUCUGAAGUGCCUUAAGAUGUUUUUUCAUAUCUUUGUUGAAAUGUGUUCACAGAUGCAAUAAUGUUUAUAAUGUGGUGAAGGACGUAGGCACUUUUUUCUGUUUUUUAUUAUUUAUCAUUAACCUAUUUGUUGCACAAAGAAAUUAUAUGUUACAAAGCUCAUUAAAGAGUUUAUAUGAAGUUGUUGUAUGUUUUCAUGGAGUGAUUGGCUCCCAUACAAAUCGUCGAACUGGAACUCUGUUCAGUGGUAUUCUUGAUGCCCCAAAGCUGUAUGCUGAAUGCCAUGAAAAGUUUAUCAGGUAUGCAGAUGCCAUUAUUUCAGUUUUGAAAUCAAUCAAAUAAAAAAAUCAAUGAAUUA